AUGGCCGAGACAUUGCAUUCCAAGUGGAGGAGGUAUUUUCUAGGGGAAGAAGGCGGGGUAUUGGACAGCCAGGGAGAUGUUGUGAUGCAGGAUGUUGAGGAAACGGGUUCCAUGAACAAGUAUGCUCCCUUCGCCUCAGAGAUAGAUUGGCGUGUUGCUCAGUGGGCUGUUGUUGAUGGUGUUGGACAUAACUCUCUAGAUCGUCUUUUAGCCAUUCCUGGGGUCGUUGAAAAACUUGGAAUAUCAUUUCACAACACCAGAGCAAUGCAUCAGACCGUCGAUAGUAUCCCUGCUCGCGCCAAAUGGAAGACUCAAUACCUUUCCUUUCCUGAUGCUCCAGAUGACAAGCAUCUUAUUCAGUACCGCGAUCCACUUGAGGCUAUAAAAAUGUUACUGGGGAAUCCGGCUCACACAGAUCACACGACAAAUCGUAUAUACAAUGAGAUGUGGACAGCUAAAUGGUGGCACUCUGUUCAGGCACUACUACCAGAGGGAGCGACGUUAGCCCCAGUCAUAAUCGCCACUGAUAAGACGCAACUCACACAGUUCUCUGGGAGCAAGUCCGCAUACCCAGUAUAUCUAACGUUGGGCAAUAUUUCCAAGGCCAUACGUCGAAAACCCUCAGAGCAGGCAUGUGUCAUUUUUAUAGGCUACCUUUCUGUUGACAAGAUACUGGCCUCUCACCUCACUCAGAAAGAGAAGUCAUCGAGAAUACAGAGACUAUUCCACGACUCCAUGAGAAUCAUACUAGAGCCGUUGAAGGAAGCCGGAAUGAAGGGCAUGGAAGUGACUGGGGGUGACGGAAAGGUUAGAAAGGUGCAUCCAGUUUUGGCUUGCUACGUCGCGGACUAUCCGGAGCAGUGUUUGGUGACUUGCACCAAGUAUGGCACGUGUCCUAAAUGUCAUCGAUCGGCAGAUGAUCUGAACCUCAAGACUCCUGGAGAGAGACGCACACAAACCUGGACCCUUGGCGUUAUCAAAGAAGCAAAGGCCUCAUCACCUUCCCUACACCAGUUUCAUUCCAAGUGUCAAGCCUCUGACGUGUCAGGAACUGUUCAGCACCCUUUCUGGGAGGGAUACCCAUACACCAAUAUCCACCUAGCCAUAGUGCCAGACGUCCUUCACCAGCUGUAUCAAGGCGUAUUCAAACAUUUGAUUUCCUGGUGCGAUCACCUAUUCCAUCCCUCAGAGCUUGACGAGCGCAUUAGAGCCCUUCCUCCAUGCUAUGGCGUACGCCACUUUCAAAAUGGCUGGUCGGCUCUUUCCCAGAUAUCUGGCAAGGAGCGUAAAUAUAUGGCCUGUAUUCUCUUGGCAUGUCUUAUUGGGAAGGUGCCGCGCAAAGUACUGGUGGUAUAUUGUUCUCUGCUGGAUUUUAUUUACCUUGCUCAGUAUCCCAGCCAUGAUGACGUCACUCUUGGCUAUCUUCAAGACACCCUUGACACCUUCCACAAACACAAAGAUAUUCUGAUAUGCCUUGGUAUUCGAGACCAUCUCAACAUACCAAAAAUCCACUCCAUGGUCCAUUAUGUUGAGUCCAUACACUACUUCGGCUCCACCGAUAACUACAAUACAGAGGCGUUUGAACGUCUACAUAUUGACUUGGCCAAGGACGCUUGGAGGGCCACUAACAAGAGAAAUGAACGCCCCCAGAUGGUCGCUUGGCUUACAAGACAGGAAAAGGUCGCACUAUUCCACCAAUAUCUGGAGAGGCAGGAGAGAGAAGAACAAGGAUCAGAUCAUGAUUUGCAACAUUCCCCUCAGACGAUUUCUCUAACAAAAUACCCCUCACACCAAGGGCAAACCUUACAAAAUAUAAUGCUCACUCAUCGUUGUCCAGGUUUGGUUGACGAUCUCAAAGUGUUUCUCAACAAAUGCCAAUCCAAAAGAGCUGGCGCCACUCUCUUGAGUAGAAGGACAGUUGAGUUGAGUAAUGUACCCUUCGACAAGUUGGACGUAUUUCAUGCCUUCAAGUUUGCUCGUGAAGAAUUGGGAGAUGAUGCUAUAGAUAUGAAGCAGGAAAAGGAUUGGGUACGAGCACAUCCAUCUUCUGCAAGACUGGAGGAGUGUUUUGAUACAGUGAUUAUCAUGAAGUCGGACCAGUGUGAGUCUACAGGAGUUGAAGGAACAGGUGUCGGUCGCCUCCGUCUCAUAUUCAAACUACCCAACACAGUGUAUGGAGCUAUAGACGCUCCCACAUAUUGGCCAAAAGAACCUUUAGCUUAUGUGGAGUGGUAUGCUCCUCUUGCUAAUACCGCUGAUGAAGAUCACAAGAUGUAUCAAGUGAAAAAGGCACCUCUCAGGAGAGGAGGGUCUCCUCCUGGAGAAAUUAAGUUCCUAUAG